GUGCGGUGCUGUGUUCUGCUCGCGAGCUCCUCUUCAUGUGUCACUUUCUGAAACAAAAGCAGUGCGCGCGACACUUUAUUAUUUUUUUUAAUUUUUUUUUUCUCCCUCUUCUGCUUCUUCUUCUUCUUCUUCUUUCCCUCUCCAUGAGCUCGGCUCGCGCGCAGAAGCGGCGCUACAGCUGAAUAACACGCGGUGACUUUGUCGCUCCGCCGAGAAACCGCCGGAUUAUUAUUAUUAUUAUUAUUAUUAUUAUUAUCCUCCUCCUCCUUCUUCUCCUCCUCCUCCUCCUCCUUCUUCACCUCCUCCUCCUUCUUCACCUCCACCGCCUGGGUUUUAAACUUGUUUCUUGUUUCUCUCCGGGUUUGGAUCAGGAGUGGUCUGUUUUUUCUUUUUUUUUUCUUCUUCUUUCUCUUCACACUAACGGAUCGCGUUUCAUUUCCCUCGGAGGAGAAAAACAAAACAAACCAAACUGUCCGUGAGCGCACGUUUUUUCCCGCCUUUUUCUGCUCUCUCUCUCUCUAUAUAUAUAUACAUAUACAUAUAUAUAUAUAUAUAUAUAUAUAUACAUAUACAUUUAUAUAUAUAUAUAUAUAUAUAUAUAUAUACAUUUUCCUCCUUCUGGUCUCUGGAGGAACAGAGCAAAGAGACCCAGAGAUAGAAAGAGAAAGAGAAGGAAAGGGAGAGAGAGAGAAGGAGAGAGAAGGAGAGAGAAGGAGAGAGAUUUCCGAGGUGAGGAAGAAAUAAAAAUAAAAGUGUGUGUGUGUGAGAGAGACAGAGAGAGACAGAGAGAGAGAGAGACAGAGAGAGAGAGAGAGAGAGAGAGCGGGAGAGGCUAUGGAGGAGCAGCCGCGGUUGAUGCACCCUCACGGCGUGGGCUUGGCGGCGCACCCGGGCCUCACGCACCGUCCCCCGGACGUCACCGCGGGAAGCGACGGCGACUCGAGGAAGCAGGACAUCGGAGACAUUUUACAACAAAUCAUGACCAUAACGGACCAGAGUCUGGAUGAAGCUCAGGCCAGGAAACACGCUCUGAACUGUCACCGCAUGAAACCCGCGCUCUUCAACGUGCUGUGUGAAAUUAAAGAGAAAACAGUGUUGAGUAUUCGUGGCGCGCAGGAUGAGGAGCCUCCCGAUCCUCAGCUCAUGCGAUUGGAUAACAUGCUCUUAGCGGAGGGCGUGUCCGGACCUGAGAAAGGGGGCGGAGCUUCAGCGGUUGCCGCAGCCGCUGCAGCCGCAGUGGGCGGAACCGGAAACGACAACUCGGUGGAGCAUUCGGACUACAGAGCGAAACUGACUCAGAUACGACAGAUCUACCACACAGAGCUGGAGAAAUACGAACAGGCGUGUAACGAGUUUACCACCCACGUGAUGAACCUGUUGAGAGAACAGUCUCGUACGCGUCCCAUUUCACCCAAAGAGAUCGAGCGCAUGGUCAACAUCAUCCAUCGCAAAUUCAGCUCCAUACAGAUGCAGCUCAAACAGAGCACGUGCGAAGCCGUCAUGAUCCUGCGCUCACGCUUCCUCGACGCCAGACGGAAGCGACGGAACUUCAACAAGCAGGCGACAGAGAUCCUGAACGAGUAUUUUUACUCGCACCUCAGUAACCCGUAUCCCAGCGAGGAAGCGAAAGAGGAACUGGCCAAGAAAUGUUCCAUCACCGUCUCCCAGGUGUCGAACUGGUUUGGAAACAAGCGGAUCAGAUACAAGAAAAACAUCGGAAAAUUCCAGGAGGAAGCGAACAUGUACGCCGCCAGAACGGCCGUAAACGCCGCCAGCGCUUCCGCUCAGGGCAGCCAGGCGAACUCGCCCUCCACGCCCAACUCCGCCGGUUCUGCUGCGUCUUUUAACAUGUCUCACUCCGGCGAUUUGUUCAUGAGCGUUCAGUCUCUGAACGGGGACUCGUACCCGGCGCCGCAGGUGGGCGCUAACAUACAGUCACAGGUGGAUACACUUCGCCAUGUUAUCAGUCAGGCAGGAGGAUACACUGACGCUCUCGCUGCCACUCAGCUCUACAGUCCACAGGGCAUCAACGCGAACGGAGUUUGGCAGGACGCACCGACUCCAUCGUCCGUAACUUCACCUACAGAAGGACCUGGAAGUGUUCAGUCUGAUACGUCUAACUAAAAUUAACACACACGACACACACACACACACAAACAUGACACGACAAUACGCUACUCUCUACACACCAUCACAACAUCUCACUAUCUCUCUCUUACUACUGCAGAACAUUUGGAAUAAAAAAAGAAACAAAAAAAAGAAGAAAGAAAAAAUGUACUAAUGUUUUUCACUCGUCUCUGAGAGUUUGGUUGGAUAUUUAGUGACAGAACAAAUCAUUAUCGCAGACCCUUAUUGUUCACUUUUAAUUCUUUAUUCUACCUCUGAGAGAGAAAAAAACAGUUAAUAUGAGAUGAAAAAGAGCAAUCUUCGGUUUCUAAAAGAAACUUUUUUCUGUUGUGUCCAAGUGGAAAUUUUUUCUUUAUCGGUACGUUGUGUCCGUCGUUCCGUUUCACUUUUCGUAUCGCUUGCUUACAAAACGUAAUCGUUUAAGGAUAAAUGUGAAGUAACGGAUCCCCCGUUUAUUCGAAAUACCACUCACGUUAUUUAUAUAUUGCGGAUACAUAAAUAUAUUUUAUGCCCCUGAGAAGAAUGAUCAAUUUUAAUUCUUUAAUCUUUUGUUCUUCUUUUGCUUAACCUCGUCAGAAAAAAGCACGGGUUUGUUGUCUGAGAUCUGCGUUUUUAUUCACUAUAAAGUGACUCAAAAGUGAUAUUUUAUGAUUGUCUUAGCUCGAGCUGGAAAAGGAAUAAAAAUUCAUGAAUAUUUAAUGAGCGUGUGCGGCUUCGUCCAAUCACAGAGCAUCAAGUCAGACCAUCACGAUGUAACUAUAAACAAAUGUUUUACUCUUAUUUAUACACGUAUUAAUGAGGAUAGUACGGAAGCCUGGGGAAGGUUUUUCUUUUUUUCUUGCACUACGGGAUACGUAAUCAGCGUUAAGAAAUUGCGUAAGAUUUAGCUACUCGAGUGAGUGAAACAGCGCACGUGAAUUGCUCAUAAAAUCCUACAAAGGAAAUAAGCAUGAAAAAAAGGAAUUCAACGUUAGCUUGAUAUGGAGAAGGUGUUGCUAUAGUAACUGAGCAAAUUGACGAGCCAGGCUUAUUGACUAAGCUCGCUUCGUAAAAUACGAAUAUCAAUUCGUGGUCAACGUGGUGAAUCCAGCUAACUCACCACAUACGAAGAACGAGACCCAGGAACUGAUGUUACCAACUAUACGUGACGUAACAAUCGUUCUUCUCUCGUUUUACUAGUUUGCUCUCAGCUAACUAUCUGUUACUAACUGUUGCUCUGUGAUUGGACAAAGCAACGUUUUUAAUGUAAUUUUAUAAUAAUUUAUCAUUUUUCCACGGGGUCCUGGAGGAAAAUUAUCCGAUAAAGCGACCGGAAAACGGAUUCAGACACGGACCAGGAUUUUCACAAGGAGCUUUAUGAGCUUUUUUAUAAAACAUAAACGUUGGGAAAACGAUGUAGCGCUUGAACCUGAUCCCGAUUCAGUGAACAGCUGCGAUUCCGUGGUCCGUAACAACAAAACAAAACAAUGGAGGUUUUUUUUAAGCAUCUUUGCGAAUCCUGGAUGCUUCUCAUCCUCAGAUCAUGUGAUUAAAUCUUUAAUCUGAGAUCUGGUUCAACGUUUCUGAGCCAGAUAGCUAGAUUUCGAUCCUUUGUGUCGUUUUUCUUUUGCUAGAAAUGAAUUCAUUAUUCAUACUGACAACAACAACAACAACAACAACAACACGAACACCACGUCGCUGAUUUCAUUUGCACUCAUUUCCUUCUUGACCUCUUUUUUUUGAUUGUUUGUUUGUUUUAAAGACACAGUGCAGCGAACCAUAAUCUUUAUGUCAACUUGCGGCAGAAGCAUUACGUCGUUAUUGUGUGUGUGUGUGUGUGUGUGUGUGUGUGUGUGUGUGUGUUCCUUCCUGCUCUACGGUUUUACUUCAGAUCACUCACUAAACUAUUUCACAUUAUAACUGAAUGACACGAAGUCGUAACGUGUUCGUUGUUUAUCGCACACUCGCAUUUGUUUGUGUUUUGUAUGUACUAAAAUUGCUGAUCUACGUAUAUGAUGUAAAAACUAUUUUUAUUUUUUUAAUAACUUUUUUACAUCUUGUUUUUGUCUCCACAUACAUAAACAUACACGCUCCUUCAUUCUAGCACUGUUUAAUUUUAGCGUUCUUAUCCACUUCCCCUAACACAUCUUCGGUAUUUUGGACAGAAAUGUUAUUUGUUUCGGUCAAACGUUAACACAUAUUAAAGAUGUUUAGAUUUUAAAUUACAUCCAACGAAACUGUGAACGUCAACUGAUACUCUAGCUAAUGAUUAUGUAUCAAAUAAACGUUCAUUGUAACUUGUAACAAGUUAAUCUAGCUACUUAGCUAACAUUACCAGACGUCUUCUUUGAUCAACAUGCUAGCUAGCUAGCUAUCCCUAUUAAGCAUUGGAUGCUACAUCAGUAUUAGUGUGGACAGGAUAUGAACGUUGGACAUUGUUGUUAUAAUUAUUAAUGUAAAUGCAUUACACUUAUAGCCAUCUUACACAUUAUGCAUGUUAACGUGACAUGUUAACAUAACUCCAAGCUCCAAGCUUUUUAUUUCUUUAAUAAAUGAAUUAUACCAGAGAAAAACUAAACUUUAUAACUUCUGAAAGAACCUCUGAAAGAUUCGUGAUUUCUCUGGUCAAAUUUCAUUGAGAUAAAAAUUGUUGCGAAGUGAUAGUGACAGAAAUCGCAUCUUUAAGGUCUCACGUCCCUUCCUGUUUUCUGAAUGAAAUUCAUCAGGCGGAAAAGACGACUCACCGAAGGGGAACGGACGUGAGACGUGAAAGACGCAGUUUUUUAAUCUCGGUGGAUUUUUGACCAGAGAAUUCUCAGCCAAUAGAAAAGAAGAAGGCGGGGCUUCGUGCUUUUUGAUCGGAGAAGCCUAAAAAAAAAAAAAGAGUUGCUCACUAUUAAGUGACGACACAAAAUUUUUGCCUUUUUUUUUUUUUUUUUUUGCUGUUACUAGACGCAUAUUUGGAAAAAAAAAGUAGUGUUAAGAAGAGUCACAUCGACAUCAUGUAUAAUAAAAAUAGCUACAAGAUAGAGAUGAUACUGAUCCGGUUCCUAGUUUCAGAAUCGGGCCGAUAGCAGAAAAAAAUGAUGGAUCGGAUAUUGAAGAAAACAUCAAACACCAGAUCCUGUAACGAACGGCGAAGAUUGGAAUUGGAUUUGGAAAAGAAAUUUAUUUUUGGACCUGGAAAUGUUUUGUCUUUGGUUAGGAUUCGGAUUUUAUUACAUUUAUACUUUAUUAUAUUUAUUAUAUUUACACUGUAAGUCAGAGAUCACCAACCCUCCUCCCUGAGAUCUACCUUCCUGCAGGUUUCAUCUCCAUCCAUAAUCUAACACACCUGUUUUACCUGAUCAAGAGCUUCUGAAGGCACUGAGUAGAUGUUCAGGUGGGCACGACUACGAUUACUUCUGCAGGAAGGUCGAUCUCCAGGAACAGGGUUGGUGACCGCUGCUCUAAGUGAUCGUUCUGUCUCUACUAUAAGCUGUGAUGCGUUUCUAGAAAAAAUUAUAACAACGUGUGUAAUGGCUUAUGACGCAUUAUAACACUUGAAUGUGUUCGUAGUUUAUUCUAGAACAUUUGACCAACUUUGUGUGCCGUGUCUCUGGAUGUGUGUUUAAGGGGAAGUCGAUAAGGACGCCUUAACGCCUUUAAUGAACCGCAGCCGUGACCUUUUUAAACCAAAUCCGCUGUAUAAACUCUGUGUCAAGUGGCUUUACUGUCAUUUCAGACAUACACACUGAAAGGAAACAACGUUCCUCCAGGACCGGGGUGCUACAUAAAACAACCCAGAGCUACAUGAGACUACACGAUACUACAUAAAGUGCACGUCAAGCUGCACAAGACAGUACAAUCGCUACUAAAGCAGGAACGCAAACAUACGCAAAUGUGUAAUAUAUACAGCUCUUACGUCUUUGCGUUCGUUAGUCGCUUCUCUCGGUUAUGUAGCGCUUGUUAAAAAAAUACAGCUUGUAAAUUGUGUGUGUGUGUGUGGGUGUGUGUGUGGGUGUAUGGAUUUCUCCUGACUCACCCUCAGCUAAUGUCGCGUCUCUGCCUAAUUGACACAAACAUUAUUGGGGAAAAAAAAUGAAUUCUUGUUUGAAAAUAUAUCCGCGUCGGUGACGGCUCGGGUAACGAAGUUUGUUUUUCUGUACAUUGGAUCAGAAUCCACUUAAAAGGGGAAGUCAUUACGUUAAUGCGGUUAGGACUUUUAGUGUAAGCGAUGAUUUUGCAGGUAAAACUCGGUUAAAGAGGACUUUUUGACCUCGAUGAACUCGGGGAAAGUAAAACUCAAUUUGUUACGAAAUUCCUCACGUAUUUGCGUAGUCUGUAAUCGUAUAACGAUGUCAUAUUAACGCCGUAUAGAUCGAUCGAUUUCAGACGCUGCGGCAACAACACGGCUGCACGGAUUCAAAAUAAAAGAAUAACGUAGUCCGCAUUUAGUGCAGCAUAAAUUAAAAUAAUGUUUAAUAAAAUUAUUAAUAUAAAUGUGUAAUAUUUCCAAUUAUUGUUUAGUUUUCUCUGCUUUUAUGUUUUUUUUUUAAACAUUUUAUUCAUCCAGUAUUGUAUCCAUGUUUCAAUGUUAAACAAAACAUUACAACUUUGCCAAUUUUCUGGCUAUUUUAAUAACAAUUUCAGCACCUACAUAACUUCAUUUCUAAACUAAAUAACGUACGUACGUGUUCUGAAGAAAUUCGGUUCUCCGAGCGUUCCUGUUAUUAAAUUGUACAUAUUUUCUGGUGAAACAGAUUCGACUCUUCACCUGUUCACUAAACUUCACUCAAUCAUGAUGAACCAUGCAAAAUGUCUGAGUCCUAUAAAAGCUUGUUUGUUUUUUUUUUUAAUCACAAAAAUGUUGUGUCUAAAUGAACUGUUCAUCUUCAAUAAAUGUUGUAUUACUCACAAAAAAAAAGUGCUGAGACU